CAGCUGUUUUAUUCGUAUGCAUGUGCGACUUCUAACAUUUAUUUUUUAUUGUAAUGUUAUCGAAUGAUUCAACUGUGUAUGAUGUUUGAAAAUAAUUUAUUUAACUAUUUUAAGCAAUAAUUCUUUCGUGGAUUUGAAUAAUUAUUAUUGUGUCAACAAUUGUUGUAUUGAUGGUUCUGUUUGACUGUUUUAAUAAUAUUAGCAAAUAUUAGUGACAACAAAUGCAAAAUUUAUUUAUCAAUUAUGUUGAAAAAAUCAACCACCGACUAUUGCCGCAAAAACCGAGAUGUCAACCAAAAUCCAAAAGAGAAAAAGGCUCAGCACCGGUAAAAAGACCAAUCACGGAUAAAAGUAGUGAGACUUAUUUGCCAACAAAUAAAAAAUCUGAAACAGCUACCAGCGUCAAUCGGUUGGACAUUAAAUCGAGUCGAGGUGAAUUUCUUACAAUAUAUCUUCCAGAAGAACCUUAUCAUCAUGUUACGGAUACUGAAUCACCACAAUUACCAGAAUUAAAAGCUGUAUCAGUUGUAUCAGAAGCUGAACGUAAACAAGGAUAUCAUGCCAGAGAACGUGAACAACAAUUACAAGAUAAUCCAGAUGCUAUAUUAUCAUUAGCCCCUAAGCAACCACCAGUAUCAGCUGCGGAACGUGCUCGAAAAUAUCGUGCCAGAAAACGUGAACAACAAUUACAAGAUAAUCCAGAUGCUAUAUUAUCAUUAGCCCCUAAGCAACCACCAGUAUCAGAUGCGGAACGUGCUCAAAAAUAUCGUGCCAGAAAACGUGAACGAUUACAAAAUAAUCCAGAUGCUAUAGUAUCGUUAAAACCUAAGCAACCACCAUUAUCAGAAGCUGAACGUAAACGACGAUAUCGUGCUAGAAAACGUGAAGAACAAUUACAAAAUAAUCCAGAUGCUAUAUUAUCGUUAAAACCUAAGCAGCCACCAUUAUUAGAAGCUGAACGUAAACGACGAUAUCGUGCCAAAAAACGUGAACAACAAUUAAAAGAUAAUCCAGAUGCUAUAGUUUCAUUAAAAUCUAAGCAACCACCAUUAUCAGCAGCUGAACGUAAACGACGAUAUCGUGCCAAAAAACGUGAACAACAAUUAAAAGAUAAUCCAGAUGCUAUAGUUUCAUUAAAACCUAAGCAACCACCAUUAUCAGAAGCUGAACGUAAACGACGAUAUCGUGCCAAAAAACGUGAACAACAAUUAAAAGAUAAUCCAGAUACUAUAUUAUCGUUAAAACCUAAGCAACCACCAUUAUCAGAUGCUGAACGUGCUCGACAAUAUCGUGCCCGAAAAAAAAGUUUGUUGACGAAGCAACUUGAUAAGAUUGAAGAUAAUUUUAUUAUUUCUCAAGAAAAACACUCCGAUGAGAAUGGCAGGUGCAGUGAUGAGCCCACCGAAAAAAAGUUCUUAGAUACAAACACAGCUUAUGUUAAUGAUUCUGUAUUGCUAAAUAGUGAUUAUAAUGAAUCUCAUAAAGCAUACAAAGAAUUUAAAAAAGAAAUGACAAAUAAUGAAUAUAGGCAUGUAUGCUCUAUAUGCGGACGAUUGUGGUUUUCAGAUGAUGUAAAAGCUGCCUCUUUAGAGAAUAAAAAUCUUUUAAAUACGAUUUUACCAGGAACUUCAGUUGAUAACAGAUCCCAGUUGCUCGGAAAUCAUCAACUAUCAAUCCCAAUUAAAAAUGAACUAGUUGUGUCAAGUGACCGCAUCUGUGGCUGGUGUGUGGAAGCACAUAUAUGCUGAAGUAUAAAUAUGAUAAAAAACGAGCGCAAUCAUUGUUAUACAUUGCAUCGUGAAGAGUUACUUAUCUUCAAGGAUUAUUCCUUAAUACCAAAAAUGAUGAUUUGACAUUUUACUAUGAACGAAGAUCAUCUGAUUUAAUGAGGCAUCUGCGUGAUGGAUUUGCAUGGAUGUUGAUAAACAAUUGACCAACGACUGAAUGAGUUUAUCGAUAUCCGUAUAGGCCCAACUUGAUUUUGAUGAAGUUAUUAAAC